GGAUCGCUCAGGCUGCAGCUUGGGAUAAGUAUUGUAAUUUAGGAUCAUGGCCAAGAGAGCGAAGUUUCUGUUUACAAGUUGAAGUCUGCACUAAGCAUCAGGGUUUGUUCCAGGACAUAUGAGGCAGUGACAAUCCAGACAUGGAACUUUCGGGGAUUGGGACGUUGAUCCUCAUCUUCUUUGUGACAUUCCUGGUGACAGUCUGGAUGAGAAGGAACAGGCAAUCUGCACUGCCACCUGGCCCAACUCCUCUGCCUCUAUUGGGAAACAUCCUGCAGAUUAAUUUCAAGGAUAUAGUCCAUUCCUUUGUGCAGCUUGGCGCUCAAUAUGGCCCAGUAUCCAUGGUUCAUCUGGGGCAGGACAAGGCGGUGGUAUUGAACGGUUAUGAUGUGGUGAGAGAAGCCUUAAUCGAUAACGGAGAGGUUUUCAUUGAUAGAGCCAAAUUAGCCAUUGCAGAGAUAGCUUUCAAGGGAUAUGGAGUUUUUUCAGCAAUGGUGAGCGCUGGAAACAGAUGAGAAGAUUUUACCCUGACACCCUGAGGAAUUUUGGAAUGGGUAAAAGAAGUCUGGAGGAACGGGUACAAGAGGAGGCCAAGUGUUUAGCAGAGGAGUUUCAGAAGAAAGAAGGAGUCCCAUUUGAUCCUACAUUUCUUUUGAGCCUGGCUGUCUCCAACAUAACUUGCUCUAUUUUUUUCAAUGAGCGCUUUGACUAUGAAGAUGAGGAGUUCCUGUCCAUGUUGGCUCUUAUAAAAGAGUCUUUCAGAAUUGUGACUUCACCAUGGGCUCAGAUCUUUGCACUGGCACCUCGUCUCUUCAUGUACCUGCCUGGCAGCCACCACACAGUGUUUAAGAAUUUUGACAAGGUGAAUGAAUUUGUGAUGAAGAAGAUCAGAAUGCACGAGGCUACUCUGGAUGAGAACUGCCCCAGAGAUUACAUCGAUUGUUUCCUAAUAAAGAUGAGAGAGGAAAAGGACAACCUCAAUACAGAAUUUAACUUUAACAAUUUGCUUGUGAAUGUGAUGAAUCUGUUUUUUGCCGGGACGGAGACCUCCGGCACUACCCUGAGAUAUGCAUUACUUAUCCUGCUGAAAUACCCAGAUGUGAGAAAGCAGAUCCAAGAGGAAAUUGAUCACGUGAUUGGGCAGAGCCGAUGUCCUUCAGUGGAGGAUAGAAUUAAAAUGCCAUACACAGAUGCAGUGAUACACGAGAUUCAGAGAUUUGCUGAUAUUGUGCCCUUGGGGCUUGCACGUUCCACAAGCCAGGACACAACGUUCAGAGGGUACCACAUCCCAAAGGGUACUACUGUGUUCCCUAUGUUAACCACCGCCCUAAAAGAUGAGAAAUACUUCAAGAAUCCACAGACGUUUGAUCCAAAACAUUUUCUAGAUGAUAAGGGAAAUCUGAAGAAGAUUGAUGCCUUCAUCCCCUUCUCUCUGGGUAAGAGAAAUUGCCUUGGAGAGAGUCUUGCCAGGAUGGAAAUUUUCUUGUUUCUUACAUACAUUUUGCAAAUGUUUGACCUCAAAUGCAAUAUGGUCCCUGAAGAGAUCGACAUCUCCCCUGUACCCAAUAGUGGAAGCUUUACUGCAAGACCCUACAUGAUAUCUAUGAGCCAACGCUAA